UCCGAAAACUUCAGAGGAAUUCGGUGAUGGAAUUCAAGCUCAGAGGAGACGAAGACAAGACUUCGACGUACUUUUCUUCUUCUGGUUCCAUUGAUGGCUACUUCACCGAGCAAGCAUUGCGUGCGGGUUAUAUAACUGGUGACAUGGUGAAGAGUGAUUUUGUGAGGAAUCCAAUGAAUGUUAGAGCAGCCAUUCAGCGGGAGUUUGAGAAGGAGAAGAUUAGAGAUGAGAUCAUCGCUGCAGAGAGGCGGGCUCUUGAGAUGGAGGUAAGGAGGGAGUUGCUACUGGAGCGCGAGUUGGCUCUACAGAGAAGGAGCCAUGCCAAUGCCCAUGCGUUUUCUGUAAUGGGUUCUUCAUUGUCAAUGUUGAGGGCUGAUCAAAGGCUCUCCUUGAUGCCUCAUCCGGAGGGUAGCAGUAGGGUCGACGAGAGUUUGGGUUUUCCUACUCGAGUGGAGGUUGGCAUGCAUCAACCAGAAGGGGCUAGGCCUGAGGGGAGGCUCUCACUGCCUCCGGAACUUGGGGUCUUGGAGAAGCUUCCGUUGCAGAGAAGUUCAGAGCCCAGAGUGGCCGAUGUUAAACCUCUUCCUGAAGUGGGCAAGGGGCAAGUGUUGUUCUUUGCAAAGCCUUCAAAUUAUAUUCUUGCUGGAAUGAAGAGGAAAGUUGUGGAACCACCACCAGCCAUGGCAGGUGUUGGUGAGCUUUCUUUUGUUGGUUCAAAGAAGAAACUCCAGGAGUGGAGUUGUGCUCUUUGUCACGUGACUGCAACAAGUGAGAAGGGUCUGAACGAUCAUCUCCAAGGGAGAAAGCACAAGGCUAAGGAAGAAGCACUUGCAGCUAGUAAAACAAACACCAAGAACACUGGUGGCUCAACUUCAUCAACCAAGAAAACUGCUAAACAGACCAAGACUGCAGACACCACUGACAGUCCAAAGCCAAAUCAGGGAAAGCAGGGGAAGAAACAAAAAGGUAAUAACAAGCAGCCUCUCAAGCGAGAGGGGAAUGCACCAGUGCAGAAAAAACAAAAAACAGAAGAUUUGAAAAAUAAAACUGGCGAGAUCCUGGAGCAGAAAAAGCAGAAGCCAGAAGCUUCAAAGAAAACAUUUAGAUUUUGGUGUGAGACGUGUCAAGUGGGUACCCACAGCCAGAAAGUUUUGAACUCUCACCAGAAGGGGAAGAAGCACAUGUUCCUGUUGGAGAGCCUGAAGAAAGCAAAUGGGCCAGCCCCAGGCACAACUAUCUCGUUGGAGUCUACUCAUGAUAAUCCCAAAAAUAUAGACAUGGAAGCCAAAGAGGCAAAUGGAGAGAUGGAAAAUGUGGAUGGGGAAGUAGAUGGAGUGGAAGAGGCUUACAAACAGGAGGCAGGUGAAGCAACAGAAGAUGAAUCAGCCGUAGACAUGGUUGACAGGUCAAUAGUUGAGGAGUCAACAGAGGCAGGAGAGGAUGAUUCAGCCCCAUCUUCUGUAGCAGUAGCAGAGGGGCAUAAGAAUUAAAAGUCAUCCUUCCAAGUGUUCAGUAUCGGUAGUUCUGUGUCAUCCCAGCUUAGGUAGGUUGUGAAUGUAUGAAUAGUACUUGGUGACAUUAUCAUCUGGAGUGGAAUGAAGGUCGAUUGGAUCUUCUUGAGGAUUCAGCAGUCCUCUUUUGAAAGUUAAAACUAUUAAAUGGUAGUGCUAAGUCAUCCCUGUUUUAUAGUAA